AUGUAUAAAAUGGAGUAUUCUUACCUAAAUUCCUCUGCCUACGAGUCAUGUAUGGCCGGGAUGGACACCACGAGCUUGGCAUCGGCCUACGCGGACUUCAGCUCGUGCAGUCAAGCCAGCGGGUUUCAGUACAAUCCCAUCAGGACCACUUUCGGGGCUACCUCCGGCUGCCCGUCCCUCACGCCGGGGUCCUGCAGCCUGGGGACCCUGCGAGACCACCAGAGCAGCCCGUACGCCGCAGUUCCCUACAAGCUGUUCACGGAUCACGGCGGACUGAACGAGAAGAGGAAGCAGCGGCGCAUCCGGACCACGUUCACCAGCGCGCAGCUCAAGGAGCUGGAGCGGGUUUUCGCCGAAACGCACUACCCGGACAUCUACACCCGAGAGGAGCUGGCACUCAAAAUCGACCUGACUGAAGCCAGAGUGCAGGUGUGGUUCCAAAACCGGCGCGCCAAGUUUCGCAAAAUGGAGCGCGCGGCUGCGGCGGCCGUGGCGGCGGCGAAGUCCAACUCCGGAAAGAAGUCCGACUCCAGAGACGAAGACAUCAAAGACAACAAAUCCACCGACCCCGACAGCACGGGAGGACCGGGCCCGAACCCCAUCCCCAACUCCAACUGCGGCGGACCGAGCCCCACCGGAGGCCAGGUCAACACCAACGGGAACGGACAGGUGGACCAAGGGAAGAACUCCGUGUCCAGCGGCAUGGGGGUGACCGCUGCGAGCCAAGGCUGGGCCACCGCCCCGGGGACCAUCACCUCCAUCCCGGACUCGUUGGGCGGCCCGUUCGCCAGCGUACUGUCGUCUUUGCAAAGACAGAACGGAGCCAAAGCUACAUUAGUAAAGACCAGCAUGUUCUAA